UUUCUUGCAGUUUGUUUAGAUGGUAGCUUGCCCGGAUACCAUUUUCAAAAAGGCUUUGGAUCUGGCUCUAACAAUUGGCUUCUUCAUCUUGAGGGUGGAGGUUGGUGCAACUCAGUAGCUUCAUGUUUGUCCCGUAAAACGACACCGUUAGGUUCCUCUAACUUCAUGGAACAACAGGUUCGGUUUGCUGGAAUUUUAAGCUCUGACACAUCCCAAAAUCCUGUUUUCUUUAAUUGGAACAAAGUCAAGAUACGUUAUUGUGAUGGUGCAUCUUUUGCUGGGCACCCAGAUAGUGAGUUGAAGAAUGGAACAGAGCUUUUCUUUAGAGGCCAGCUCAUCUGGGAAGCAUUUAUGGAUGAACUAUUAUCUUUGGGCAUGUCUAAUGCCAAGCAGGCACUUCUUUCAGGAUGUUCUGCUGGAGGUUUGGCCACUUUUAUACAUUGUGAUGAGUUUCGAGAUCGUCUGCCAAAGCAUGUAACUGUCAAGUGUCUUGCUGAUGCAGGUUUUUUCCUUGAUGAGCCGGAUAUUCUUGGAAAUCGCACCAUAAGAUCUUUCUAUUAUGAUGUUGUUGACCUUCAGGGUGUAGCAAAAAGUUUGAACAUGGAUUGUCUUUCAAGAAUGGAAUCAUUUAAGUGUUUCUUUCCUCAAGAGUUUGUUAAAAACAUAAGGACUCCAGUGUUCAUUGUCAACCCAGCUUAUGAUUUUUGGCAGAUACGUAAUAUCUUGGUACCAGAUGCAUCAGAUCCUCGCGGCAAGUGGCGUCCCUGCAAACUGAACAUUCAUAGCUGUAAUCCUCACCAGCUUGAAAUUCUACAAGGUUAUCGUAGUUCCAUGCUGAAAGCUCUAAGUGAAUCCCAGCAAAUACAGGGAGGGGGGAUGUUUAUAAAUUCUUGCUUUAUCCAUUGCCAGACUUGGAUGGCUGAGACAUGGCAUUCACCCAAUUCUCCUAGAAUCAACAACAAGACAAUUGCAGAGUCUGUCAGUGAUUGGUACUUUGACCGAAGAGCAGUGACGCAAAUUGAUUGCCCUUAUCCAUGUAAUCCCACCUGCUAUAACAUGGAUUUUACACGAGGAUGAUAGGCUCAUUGCUGGUACUGUUUCUACAACUAGUAAUUCUGAACUCCAGAUCUCCAUUACCAAAUUACCGUGGUGGAACUUUUUAUCUUGUGUCCCCAAAGCAAAAUCCCGAAUACUGAAGAUUGUAUGCAAAAUUAAUGGUUGUAGUUUACGGUAUACAAUCAGGGGGUAAAAACAUCCUUUGUCUGGCUGCUCUGCACCAUGGAUUCAUACUUACAUGAUGAAUGUAUUCAUUUUAAUUGGAAGAAUCUUGAUAUUGGAAAUUGAUGCACUUUGUUUACACUUUGUAUAUUAAAGUUUAUUCUCCAUUUUGAAUUCUUUUGCACCUUUAUUUUAUUUUUCCCAGAACAUUGCUAUUGUUGAAGUCAAAAGUUUGUUCAAUAUUUUAUUCACAA